AUGCCUAGGUAUGCGAAGUUCUUGAAGGAGAUUCUAAGCAAUAAGAGGAAGUUGGAGGACUUGGGACUUGUGACAUUAAAUGAGGAGUGCUUAACCAUUCUUAAAAACAAGCUAUCAGUGAAGAGGCAUGAUCCGGGUAGUUUUACUGUUCCCUGUAUUAUUGGUGAUUUGCAUAUUAGUGAUGCUUUAGCUGACUUAGGAGCUAGCAUCAAUUUAAUGCCUAGCAGUUUGUUUGAAAAAUUAGGUUUGAGUGAGCCAAAACCUACUAAGAUGAGAGUACAGUUAACGAAUAGGACUGUGAAAUAUCCUAGGGGAAUAGUUGAAGAUGUACUUGUUAAGAUAGACAAGUUUAUAUUUCCUAUUGAUUUUGUUGUUGUGGAUAUGAAGGGUAAGAGUAGUGUGCCUUUAAUUCUAGGUAGACCUUUCCUUGCAACAUCUAGGGCUGUUAUAUAUGUGUGUGAUGGGAAGUUACAGCUUAGAGAGAUAUUACUAGAUGAUCCUUUGCAGAUAGCAUUACAGGCUGAGGAUGAGGAGUUGUCCAAUGAGGAUGUAUUGGAACAACUUGCUUGUUUGCUGGCUACUGAGUCCGAUAGGUAUGCUGACCAUUUUGUUGAUAUUGACAGGUUAGGGGUGCAGAAAUUGAGACCUUCAUUUAAGGAGCCACCAGCCCUGGAGUUGAAGGAGUUGCCUAAGCACUUGACCUAUGCCUAUCUGGAUGAGGCGGAGAAGCUGCCGGUGAUCAUUGCAGCUGAUUUGACUCCUAUGGAGAGGAAGAUGACUCUGGCUUCCCUCAGAAAGUAUCCCCAGGCCUUUGCAUACAAGAUUGCAGACAUCCUGGAAUCAACCCCAGUUAUUGUUCGCAUAAGAUCCUGA